AUGUUUGUGGACAUUGUAGUCUACUUUGUUGGCACUGUUGCAGGGGUGGAUAGAAAUCUCCAUGAAGAAGCUGACUUAGUUGUUGAACGUGGAAAACCGGUAAAUGACCAUAACACCCCUGAUCUAACUUUUCCGGACACUGUUGUCCCUGGCAUGCCUGAAUUUGAUCGGAAACUUGGUGCACCUGCAAUAAGGAUGUCUCCAAUGGUGACCUUGCAGAAGAAGGUGUAUAUGUCAAUACUAAGGAAAGAGCUUCCUAAGCUUCUAGCAUUGUCUUCUGGAACUUGUAGUCAUCAAUCCUUGGAGAAUAUUGUAAUACAACUACGUAAAGCAGGUAGUCAUCCUCACCUCUUUGCUGGUAUAGAGCCAGAACCACAUGAAGAGGGUGAACACUUGGUUCAGGCAAGUGGCAAACUGGACUAUAUGGAGUUGAGAAAAUACCCUUAUGAGCAGCCUGAUGGAUCCAUCAGAGCUGAAGAGCGGUUUGUUGCAAUACGGAGUUUUAGCCGAAAGUCCGGAAUUGGAAAUUCCAAUUCCGAAGUUGAUUCCGACUCUGCAUUUGUCUUCAUGAUUUCCAGCAGAGCAGGGGGUGAUGGGCUGAAUCUUGUAGCUGCUGAUACUAUGAGCUUUGCAAUACUAACAUCUAUGGAGCAGGGUGUUUAA